GGAGUUAGUGGCCAUCUUUUCGGCUCGAACCGGGAGGGAGAGAGAGAGAGACCUUUCUUGGUUUCUGCCCUCUGUCCGUCCCCAGUCCCCACUGGCAUUCAUUCAUUCAUAUACUAGUCCUGCAUCCACAUCUCCCUCUCCCUCCCCUCUCUCUCCUGCCGCCUGUUGCUUGCCAUUAUUAGAGAGAAGAUGGUCUCCCCCAGCAGCUGAGCCUGAGAUGCGAGCGGGCUCUGCUGGCUUGAUUCCCCUCUCCCCCGCGCAGACCACCACCCGCCGCCGCCCCUGCCGUCGCUCUGGCAGCGAUGAUGAGCUUCAAGGGCCACGACGGAUUCGGGCAGGCCUCCAAUGGUGGUGGUGGUGGUGGAGCCCCGGUGCCAUGGUGGACGGUGUCCCAGAUGCUGUACGGGGAGCCGGGGGCCGCCCUGUCGUCGUCGCCCGAGCCGGAGGUUCGCCGGGACGGCCAGUUCCAGGUCGUGCCCAGAGCUCAGGGCAUCCUGGAUCCGGCACCGCCGGCGCCCAAGGGUGGGGCUCCUGAGGUCCUCAAGUUCUCGGUGUUCCAAGGGAAUUUGGAGUCUGGAGGCAACAAAGGGGAGAAGGCCUUGGUGCACUCCGCCACCAUUGCACUGCAGUCGCCGCUCCCAGAGUACAACGGUCGCUUCGAGUUUGGCCCGGGUCCUUCCAUGAUGUCUUCUGGUUAUCCUUCAGCUGACCAGUGCUAUGGCCUACUUACCACUUACGCAAUGAAAUCGACGCCUGGUAGCCGGUUGCUCUUGCCACUGAAUGCAACAGCUGACGCGCCGAUUUACGUGAAUGCAAAGCAGUAUGAAGGGAUCCUUCGCCGCCGCCGUGCUCGUGCCAAGGUGGAGCGAGAGAAUCAGCUGGUGAAAGGAAGAAAGCCGUAUCUUCACGAAUCACGCCACCGCCACGCGAUGCGCCGGGCGAGGGGCACGGGAGGGCGCUUCCUCAACACGAAGAAAGAGGGGGAUGGCAAGGACGCUCCCGGAGGAGGCAAGCGGGCAGACUGCACCCCACCCACGCGCUUCGCCACGUCCCCGAGCUCCGUCAUCCCGCACUCCCGGAGCAGCAUCUCGAGCCUCUCCGGCUCGGAGGUGUCGAGCAUGUACGACCACGACGACGUGGACCACUACAACAGCAUCGAGCACCUCCGGACCCCCUUCUUCACCCCGCUGCCGAUCAUCAUGGAUGGCGAGCACGGGGCCUCCGCCCCCUUCAAGUGGGCCACGGCCGCCGACGGCUGCUGUGAGCUCCUCAAGGCGUGACUUGAGGGGGGUAUACGCAGGCACCCAGAUCAAGAGCCGGCCAUGGCCGGCUCUGGCUCCGUCUGGUUGUCUGCAGGCAAAUCAUUCUUGGCUCUACUGCAUUGGGGUGUCCUUCCACAUCGCACUACCUCUUCCCUGAAAACUCCGGUGCUGGUUUCCAGGGAUCUUGUGAUGAUGGGGCUCCCCAUAUGCCUGUAAAAUAGUAUCGGAAGCACUAGCAGUGUACUACGGGUAUGAACUCUAUGGUAUCAGGUGGUAUCUGUGUCAGAAUAAGUAUCAAACUUCAGGGUCUUGUGAUGUAUUAGGGUCUGAAACUUUUGUGCUCUUGGCAAUGUACUGGAGUAAGUUGGAGUUUGUUUGUUUGUUUGUUUUAGAUAAGUUUUAAGACAUAAAAUCUAUUGUACUCGCAAAUAUAUGAUUUGUAAGCUUGUCUGCACAAUAAUUAGAAAUGUUACCAGUUUGUCAAA